AUGAGCACAGCUACCCUCCCCAAAGACUUCCUCUGGGGCUAUGCUACCGCCUCCGCCCAAGUCGAGGGCUCCCCCACCGCCGACGGUCGUGGCCUCUCCAUCUGGGACACCUUCUCCUCGCUCCCAAACGUGACCGAGGACGGCCUCUCCAACGCCAUAGGCACAAACUCCUACUCUAAUUGGGCCGCCGAUAUCGCCCUAAUGAAAUCAUACGGCGUCAACGCCCACCGCUUCUCUCUCUCCUGGUCGCGCAUCAUCCCCGCCGGCAGUGCUACCUCACCCCUUAAUCCCGCGGGAAUCGCACACUACCAGCGCUUCAUGGAAGCCUUACUUGAGGCUGGGAUUGAGCCCAUCCCGACGCUGUUCCAUUGGGACCUGCCGCAGGCGCUGCAGGACGAGUAUAAUGGUUUCUUGUCGGCAAGGGUCCUGCCGGACUUUGAACGGUAUGCGAGGGUGUGUUUUGACAGCUUUGGCCAUCUGGUCAAGUCAUGGUUGACGAUUAAUGAGCCAAACAUCUUUGCGGUGCUGGGGCACUGUAUCGGUGCUCAUGCUCCGGGCAGGAGUAGCAGUGGUGAGGGCGCGCGGAAGGGAGAUUCGCUGAAGGAGCCGUAUAUCGUGGGGCAUCAUCUGAUGCUUGCGCAUGCACGGGCCGUGGCGGUGUAUCGGAAAGAGUUUGCUCAGAAACAGGGCGGAAAGGUUGGGAUUGUGAUUAAUGGCAAUUGGGCGGAGCCGUGGGAUGCGAGUGAGGAGAGUAAACAGGCGGCAGAGAACCACUUGACGCUGUCGACGCUCUGGUUGAGUGACCCUGUGUUUACGGGUGAUUAUCCGCCGCUACUAAGGAAACUGGUGGGUGACCGGUUGCCCACGUUUACCGCUGAGGAGUCGGCGCUGCUGAAAGGCAGCAGUGACUUUCUCGGAUUGAACCACUACACGACGUUUUAUGUGCGGAAGCGAGUUACCCCCAUCGAGGAUGGCGACUGGCAGAACCACUUUUUUGGCGAGAAUGAGUCGACCACUACUGCCCCAGACGGGACAGAGAUUGGUCCGAAGGCAGGGCUGAGCUGGGUAAGGCCUGUGCCGUGGGGCUUCGGGAAGCUGCUGAGGUUCCUGUGGAGGAGGUAUGAUAGAGAUGUCUGGGUCACUGAGAACGGCGUUAUCUGUCCUGGGGAGAAGGACAUGAACAAGGAGGAAGCGCUGCAGGAUGACUUCCGGAUUGACUAUUUCCGCGGCUAUAUUGAUGAGCUGGCAGAGUGUGUCAAAGAGGGUGUGCCUGUUAAGAGCUAUCUGGCGUGGGCUUUUGCGGACAACUUUGAGUGGCAAGAAGGAUAUACGGCAAAGUUCGGUGUCACUUAUGUAGACCAUAAGAACAAUUGCGAAAUGACACCGAAGAAGAGUGCUUGGUGGAUGAAGGAAUAUAUGGCUGCAAAAAUGGGGUUAAAGGACAACUGA